AUGACUCGACAUCCAGCCGUAGUAUCGCCAUGCCCAGCGUCAGGAACACUUCGAAUGAUGAGCUCGGCGGAUUCUCACCCAGAAAAAAUGGCAUCCAACACAACUUUAGACAUACUGACGACAUAUUCUCACAUGAGAUGCUCAGUAUUGAUAACUUAUGAUGCGAAGAAGUGGGAAGUAAAUAAUACUACCACGACAACUCUUCAACUUGUAAACAAUCUCUCGAGCAAAAGCGAGAAAAUCAUAAAGAAACGAGAAAAAGAAGAAAAAGAAGACAAAUAA